AUGCUGAAUGCGCGUGUAGUCGGUGUUGAGGAAAGUACCUUGGGCGAUCGGCUCGGCUCCGGAGGGAGAGUUCUUGAAGAAGAUGGCUGGAGAGUUGGUGAAGCUGACAGGAACCACCGCGGUAGCAAUCGACAGGUUCUUCUGGUGCAAGAACCGCUGGAACUUGGCCACGUUGUUCGAGUUGUUGGUGGCCUGACUGAACACAGGGUUAAUUGGAAGCCGUCUGAAUCCGUACUGAACCACCAUCGAGUCCUUGGACUUGAUCGGCUCCUCUCGGCAGAGGCAAGCGACUUGAAUCCACGGUACCGGGCCAGUCUCUUGGUAGCAGGCUCGUCUGGAUGCAGCUCGAUUUCGUCUGGGAACUCGAGUUCCUCUCUUUCUCUCUGCUUGAACGCCUCAAGCUGUCUAGACUCCUCUUCCGGCUCCAGGUCCAUGUGCGAGGCGUCGUCGUUGUCCAUGUCGUCUGACUCCAUCUCGGAAUCGGCCUCCUCGUUGGACUCGAGUCCGCGCUCCUCAAUCAGCUCCUCGAGCUCCUCGUCGUGCAUCCAUCUCGCCUGGUACUCGGAAAUUCCCUUUGGAAGCCGUUUCUCAGUUUCUCCGUCUUCCUCGUCCUCGUCGAUCUCCCAGUCGUCCUCGUCGCUGAUCAUGUCAACCUCCUCCAAAGCUUCUCCUUCUUGCAACGGAUCUAGAGACUCGCGCUCAGAUCCAGCUCCAAACACCUCGGGCUCCUUUGAAAUCCGCUCGAUGCGUGAGACUGCAAAAUCACCAAGGUCUGGAAUAUGCACCAAUCUGUCGGGAUGA